GCCCUUGUAACGCGUUUUGUUCUUUGUUUUGUCUCAGCCCCAUGAUGAUAAUCACACAGAAGAUCACCAGCCUGGCCUUUGAGGUUCGCGACGGGAUGUUCCGGAAGGACGAGGAGCUGACUCCGUCGCAGAGGGACCUGGCGGUCAGGCGCAUGCCCAGCCUCCUGGAGUACCUGAGCUACAACUGCAACUUCAUGGGCAUCCUGGCCGGCCCGCUCUGCUCCUACAAGGACUACAUCUCCUUCAUCGAGGGCCGCGCCCACCGGACGCCGCGGGCGGGCGAGGACGGCGGGGCGGGGCCUCCCGGCCCGGGCGCGGAGCCGUCCCCGAACGCGGCCGUGGUGCAGAAGCUGGCGGUGUGCGGCCUCUCGCUGCUGGCCCACCUGACCGUCUCGAACGCGCUGCCCGUGGAGCACAACAUCGACGAGCACUUCCGAGCCACGGCCUCGUGGCCGGCCAAGGCCCUGUACCUGUACGUCUCGCUCCUGGCGGCCAGGCCCAAGUACUACUUCGCGUGGACGCUGGCCGACGCCAUCAACAACGCGGCCGGCUUCGGGUUCCGGGGCUUCGACGGGCACGGGGCGGCCCGCUGGGACCUGGUCUCCAACCUGCGGAUUCGGCAGAUAGAGGGGUCCACGAGCUUCAAGAUGUUUCUGGACAACUGGAACAUCCAGACGGCUCUCUGGCUCAAAAGGGUGUGCUACGAACGGACCACGUGGAACCCCACCGUCCAGACCUUCGUGCUGUCCGCCGUCUGGCACGGCGUGUACCCCGGCUACUACCUGACCUUCCUCACCGCGGUGCUGGUGACGCUGGCAGCGAGAGCCGUGCGGAGUAACCUCAGGCACCACUUCCUGGCGCCUCCGCCGCUGAAGCUGCUGUAUGACGCCCUCACCUGGGCGGCCACCCAGCUGGCCGUGAGCUACACGGUGGCGCCCUUCGUGCUGCUGUCCGUGCGGCCCUCCUUCGCCUUCUACAGCUCCUGGUACUUCUGCCUUCACGUCGCCUGCAUCCUGGUCCUGCUGCUGCUCCCCGUGAAAAAGACUCAGAGGGGGCGGGAGCCCCCCGGACACAGGCCGCUGGCGCGGUCCACCAAGCUCGACGAGAGCUCCUCGGGACAGAACAGCUUUCCCACGGCAAACCACCUGUGCAGCCAGGGCCCGGCCGGCGCCGACAGACACCUGUCGGGAAAGGAGUGACGGGAAGCCCUCGAGGGCUGCUGUGUGUGUUGACAGCCGCCGGCCGACCGUAGCACCUCCUCCGGGGGUUUGGGUUCGUUGGAAAAGAGAGUGGAGCUGGGGGCGGGGGUGGGGGAAUCGGACGGCGGCUGGUAGGGAGUUCCUGGUGUCCUCGGUUGGAAUGGGGUGAUCGUCCCCCUCCCUUGCCAUGUUCCCGGGGGCCACGCCUUGUCGAAGGUAUUCCAGGGUCUCCAUGGGCGCCCCGGGCCUCCGCGGGGAUCCGGGGGCCGGCGGGGCGCCCAGUGGCUGAAUGGACGUGUGCAGCCCAGGGCGGCGGCCAGGCGGGGGAAUCGUGGGUCCGUGCGGACGACGGAGAGAAAUUAGCUUUCCCAAAUGAAUGUCUUGCCUUAAACCCUCUCUUUCCUAAGAUGUCUUUCCUCAAUGGUCUUUUCAACUGUCACCUUGUGAGAACUCGAUCUCGAUACUGGAUGUGCAAUGAACUGUGAAGGGAUUCUGGGGAAAUUCGGAACAGGAGCUGAAGAUGGUGGAUAUUUAAAAAAAAAAACAACAAAAAAACCGCAAUAAACGCCUCGGUGUUUGAA